AUGGUUGGGUGUGCAGCCCCAUUUUGCAAUAAUUCUGCAGCCAAAGGCUACAUUAUGAAAAUAUUUCCGCGUGACGUGGAACGUCGAGCAUUAUGGGCGAUAAAUGUUGGAAAAAAUUGGACACCAACGAAAAAUGCAUAUCUCUGCGAGGUACAUUUUGCUCCAACUAUGUGGGAACGAAGAACUGAUAUGCGAAAAUUAAAACCAAAUGCAGUUCCCACAAUAUUUGGUUAUUUUUUAAAAUCUAUCAAUGAUGUUCAAUUGUAUGAGCCUGAUGGUGAUGUUAAAGAGCAGGAUUGUCAGAUGAUGAAUGAUGCAUCUGGAUCUGUUGAAUUACAUCAACCUAUUGACGUUUCAUUGGAUCAAUCUGGUGGUGAUACUCAAGAGCAGGAUUGUCAGGUGAUGACUGAUGUAUCUGAAAGCAAUGAAUUAUCAACAAUGUGUCCAGCUUCAUAUAGAGCUCAGUGUAAAAGAAAACAAGAGAAGCAAUAUAAGAAAUUCAAUGAAAUUAUCCGAAAACAACAGCUAAAUAUUAUUAAAAUGUGGAAAACAAUAAAAGCUUUAAGAUUCACUAUUAUUGAAAAAACUGAAGAAAUGGGUUAUCAGAAAUGUGAACUUUAUUACGUCAGACAUGGGGUCGGGAAACACUGGGUCAUGGAAACUAUUAGGUAUAAGUACAGGUAG